GCAUGAGAAUUAGGAGAGAAUAUCUGCAGUCUGUGGCAAGGGAGGGAAAGAGAAGAAGAAGCAAAAGGAUUUCAUUUUUUUUAACUGUAACUUUUCGGUAUGAAUGCUGAUACCUGCGUCUCAUACUGUGACAUGACAUCCAUGGACUCUUAUUACAGCGCGUCUAGUGCGCAGAGUAGAGACCAUCAGACAAACCCUUUCAGGACUUUCCAGGCCACCGAAACCAAAUACAGCCCGACUUUUAUCCCUGGUAAAGGGUCUCGAAGCCCCUUCCAGACAGAAUGCCAGUCGCUGGAUGGAGCUGAGGAGAGCAACUUUAACAAAUACCAGCUCUUCAUGCAGAGACCGACCUGCAAGACUCCACCCGAAGGCGGGAAGCUGCACCAGGACGGCGGACACAACGGGACGCUCAUCCCCUGCUAUGGAAAAGACAACAGCGGCCUGACAGAGUCUGAGCUUCCAUCAAGUGUUGAUCCUCCUGGGAUGGAAGGCAGCUACCUGAACCUAAAGGAGCCAGGUGUGAAGGGGCCUAGUGAGCGACCGGGGUCCGAUCUCUCCAGUCCGUUAGAGAAAAGUGAGGCAGAGAGCAACAAAGGCAAGAAGAGACGCAACCGCACAACAUUCACCAGCUACCAGCUUGAAGAGCUUGAAAAGGUUUUUCAGAAGACUCACUACCCUGAUGUUUACGCUCGCGAGCAACUGGCGCUGAGGACGGACCUCACCGAGGCUCGGGUUCAGGUGUGGUUUCAGAAUCGCAGAGCCAAGUGGAGGAAGAGGGAGCGUUUUGGCCAGAUGCAACAAGUGCGCACACACUUUUCCACUACUUACGAACUGCCGCUUCUUACUCGACCUGAAAACUAUGCACAGAUCCAGAACCCCUCGUGGAUCGGGAGCAGCAGUGCAACUUCCCCGGUACCAGGCUGUGUCAUGCCUUGCGAUUCCGUCCCCUCCUGCAUGCCACCUCACCCUCACGCUCCUGGAGGUGUCUCUGACUUCCUGAGUGUCCCCAGUCCAGGGAGCAGCCACAUGGGACAGACUCACAUGGGCAGUCUGUUUGGGGGUGCCGGGAUCAGUGGUGGAAUCAACGGUUAUGACCUCAACGUUGAUCCAGAUCGCAAGUCCUCCAGCAUAGCUGCACUGCGGAUGAAGGCCAAGGAACACAGUGCAGCCAUCUCUUGGGCUACAUGAUGUCCCAGUGCAGACCCACCCUGGUUCCUUCGAUGGCCUCAUCUCCAGAGCAGCCAUCAGCCAGCACUGAGUAGGAGGAGAGAGUUUUUUCCUGAGAGCACUAAUGAUAACGCAGGUCAAAUGAGCAGGGGGGGGGGGACAGAGGAGAUAAGGGGGGCCCAAACAGCAGCCCAUCCAAUCCAGAUAACUGGGACAAUGACCAGCAGAUGCUGCGUUUAAGACAAAUACACAAAAAAAACGCCUUCAGCACAUGUUGAUUUUCUAGUAAAAAAUGAAUGAAAUGCCUUAAAAUAAUCAUUAAUAGCAUCAACUCACAUUGACAAUAUUAGAGAAAAACAGCCUUAAAUGUAGGUACAUGUUGAGAAAUCAAAGCUCAUCUUUAUAAAGCAAAUAGUUACUUUCUCCCUAAGCCUUAAUAAUAAUCAUGAUAGGCUGAUUUUAUACAAAGAAAAGCCUUUUAAUAAUAAUUAAAUAGAAUAAUAGAACUCUUAUUAAUCUCACAUUGGAGAAAUAAAAUCUCUGCAUUUAACCCAUCCCUUUGUGGAGCAGUGGGCUGCCAUCGUGGGGUUAAGGGUCUUGCUCAGAGACCCAGAGUGGCAGUUUGUGGGAGUGGGGCUCGAACUUAGAACCUCAGGAUUCCAAGCUCUAUGCCCUGACCACUACGCCCCCACUCCCCCACAAUCCCUUUGGUCCGAUGGGAGUACUUUCAAUCUUUCUGGCAGCAAACAGUCCAGGUGUUUUGGAACUCCUCCUGUUCGUCAGUCGAUACGAUGAGGACCAUCUAUUCAUGCUAUGGUUGGGGAAGUUAGAGUCUAUGAGUACGCAGGUGGCUGAUCAGGCCAAUCUGUGCACGGAAUAGUCUUGGGCAAUGUGGACAGGGAAUGGUGGCGUCUGGUGCAAGAUUGGCAGCUCUGAUCUUCCUGGCUUGCCUACGCUCUACAGCCACAGCGAUCCGGUUUGCCUCGCAAGCUUUGGCACCUUUUUGAACAGCGGAUCACCACAUUCCUUUGUCUUGCGCUGCCUGCUCCCAUGUGUUGUGGUCGAUGUUGAAGGCCUUCAACGAGGCUUUGAGCGUGUCCUUGAAACGCUUCUUUUGUCCACCUUGGGAGCGUUUUCCUUGCUGUAGCUCGCCAAACAACAGUUUCUUUGGGAUGCGGACAUCAGACAUGCGAGCUACGAAGCUGGGACUGCAUCAGGAUAGUGUAAAUUAGGGUUGUCACGAUACUAAACUUUUCAACUCCAUACCGAUACUAAGGAAAAUAUUCGAUUAUCGAUACCAUUUUCGAUACCACAAGGAUAAAAACAAAGACUCCAAAAUUCU